AUGCACGAGACAAUUCAGUACUGCAUGGCUGGCACUUCUGAAUUCCAGGUCAUGAACACAGCCACCGCGACUGAAGAGCUUCCUGCGCAAUACACCGGUUGUCACUCGCAUGGCACCGAAAUGUACUGCUUUGACGACACGGGCGAGGAAUACGUCGUUGUGCCAGAAGGUGCCGAAGCGUCCGAGGAUCAUGACCAUGAAGAAGAAUCCACCGAGAGCUCGAGUUCGAGCCAAGAGGGUCAGAACUGCCACUUCCAUGCCGGCGUUGAACACUGCGUGGGAGCGGGAGAAUCAGAAAGCGGGGGCACGAGGUCGUGCGAGCGCACUGACAGAGAAUACAACGUCCCGCUCCGAAUCGGUCUCCUCUUCGUCGUUCUCGUAACAAGUGCUAUUGCUGUCUUUGCACCGAUAUUGCUGGGGUCGUAUCUCCAGAACAGUGCCGUCAACUUCUGCUUGAUGAUCCUCAAGCAAUUUGGCACCGGCGUCAUGGUGUCAACUGCAUUCAUCCACCUCUUGACUCAUGCCACCCUGAUGCUCACGAAUGAAUGCAUUGAAUACCCGGUCGAGUACGAAGGCACAGCCGCCGCCAUCAUGAUGGCCGGUAUUUUCCUCGCUUUCCUGACCGAGUACCUUGGAGCCCGGCUGCUCUUCUGGAGGAACGACAAAAACGCCCCUGGAACCAACUCGUCCGUUAGUUCGUCAGAUCACCACCACGAGACUGGCGGAGGCAGCCUUGAGAGUGGCGACAAACAGGCCCCCGCCAACACUCUCACCACACUUGCCGGUUGUGGCAACUCCCUCACCCACGUGCACCCCGGGCAGGAGAAGCUCGCCGUAACGGUCAUGGAAACCGGCAUUAUUUUCCAUUCCCUGCUCAUCGGCCUUACCCUGGUCGUCUCCGGCGACUCCUUCUUCCUCACACUCUUCGUCGUCAUCAUUUUCCAUCAAGCCUUCGAGGGCAUCGCCCUGGGCGCACGUAUCGCCGAGCUCCCUUCCCCUUCUUCUUCGCUGCUCGUCCCCGGCACCCAGCCCGUCACCAUGACCACCAAGCUCGUUAUGGGCGCUCUCUUUGCCCUCGUCACCCCCGUCGGCAUGGCCAUCGGCAUCGGCGUGCUCGACCGCUUCAAUGGCAACGACCCGUCCACCCUUAUCGCUAUCGGCACCCUCGACGCCGUGUCAGCCGGCAUCCUGGCCUGGGUCGCUCUGGUCGAGAUGUGGGCCGGCGAUUGGAUGCAUGACGGCCCGUUGGCGAAGGCGGGGCUGGCGAGGACCUCGGUCGCCCUGGUGUCGCUGGUGGCCGGGAUGGCGUUGAUGAGUUUGCUGGGGAAGUGGGCGUGA